AUGUCCAUGUCAAGUGCUGAACAAAAAUGUAAUGAAGAAGGUGAUGGUCAUAAGCUUGAUUUCAUGAUCUCUGUAGACAUAAAUGGCCACGAUUUAAGGAUAUACGGAAUGGAUUUAACUUAUGAUGGUUUUUACAGAAUGUACAUGUUAGGUGAAUUUGAGUUGCCAAGAUCCAAUAUUAGUUGUUCAUUAUUAUUUGUUGAAGACUAUAUAAGCAGAAUACUGCCUUAUUUAUCAACAACUGAUAAUUAUCAUACAUCAACAAAGAAACAAUGCAUGACUCGAUCAACUAUUCCUACACAAAAAAGAAGAUUUUUUUUCAUUUCAGUAAUACCACAAGCAUCUGAAAAUUUUCGACAAUUGAAUUUUAUUUAA